AUGGAGCAACUAAUAAUAAUUAAAACCAAUAAAGCCGAAAAGAUAAAAAACUUUUUAGACCAAGAAAAACAAAAUUAUAAGGUUUUCAAUCAAACUAAACGAAAAAAAGAUUUAUUUGCUAAUUAUGAGGAAGCAAAUGAUAUGAUGAUUAAACGCGGAGAAGUUUAUAAGUUUCGCGUUAGUCGCAAAGAAACUGAAGGCUCCGAACAGCAAAAAGACCGCCCAGCAAUUUAUGAUUUUGAAGUUCCGGUUAUAGUAGGUGGAAAAAGAGGUAAAGCCUUGUGCGACCAGAUAAAGGUUUAUAAUGAAACGAGAUUAAUUAAGAAAGAAGAGAGAUUAGGAGUUUUAAGUGAAAAGGAAAUGAAAGAAAUUGGAAAAUCUACCCUUAGCCGAGCCUUAGCAGUUGAAGCAACCCGGGCCGGUCUAAAAACUCUACUAGCAGAUUGCGAUCCAGGGCAGGAGACUAGUUAUAAGUGGAGUAAGAGGCGAGAAAGAGAACCUAAAAUUACGGCUCAAGUUUUUAGUGAUUUUGCUACGGCCUAUCAAGCCGCUCAAAAAGGAAAAUAUGAUUUACUAAUUAUUGAUGGCCCAGCUAUGAUUAGUGCCAUGACCAAGGAGAUUGCCCAGCAAUCUGAUUAUAUUAUCCAACCCGUUAAGCCUUAUUUAGAUGAUUUAGAACCUGCCGUUGUUGACUAUAAUUCUUUAGUCAAAGCAGGUAUUAAGAAGGAUAAAUUAAUUUUGGCUCUUAAUCAAGUUCUCAAUACUAAUAGUGAAAAAGAUGCUCGGGAUUAUUUGGCUACUACCCCUUAUAAAGUGCUUAAAAAUAGUUUGCCUGAGCGAGUUAGUUAUGGACUGGCUCAAAAUGAAGGUUGGGCUAUUACGGAAAUAUUACAUCCCUCUUUAAAAACUAAAACUGAAAAAUUUUUAGAAGAAUUAAUCAAUACUGCUCCUACUACUGGCAGCGAUAAUUUAAAAAGAGAAGAAGUUAGCCGAAAAGAUAGUCCAGCGGCAGAACCGAAGCUAGUGGCUAAGAAGAACAAUUCUUACUCAAUUACUAAAAGAACUCGCCCUUUAACUACUAAAAUAUCCCCGGUUAGUUAUGAUUUAUUAGUUAAGAUUGCUUACCAAAAAAGGAGAAAAAUGGUGGAGAUUUUAGAGGAAGGGAUUGAACUAGAAAAAUUCAACCAUUUCCAAGGCAAGGCAUCUAAAAAAGAAUACAAAGUUCAACAGCAAAGCGAACAACGAGUAAAAAAAGACCAAUAUGAAGAGCGGGAGAAUGAACAAGAAGAAGUUGUUGAAAGUUCUCCUGUUGAAAGUUCAAAUAACACUUGCCCUAGUAGAAAGAUAAUUGACAAUGAAAUAUACGAGUCCCGUAUUACUGAACCCAGUUUUGGUCGCCGAGAUGGUCGCUAUUUGACCCGCACUAACCGCACAGUUUAUUUUGGCACCAAGGUUACGCCCGAGUUUGACGAAGCCAUUCGUCGCUUGGCUCAUGAACAAGACAAACUAAUUACUGAAAUGUUAGAGGAAUUUUUAGCGGCUUAUUUAGAGCAACAAAAAAAAUCUUCCCCUACUAGGAAAAAAUCCG